AUGAAUGGCGUGCUAAAUAAAGCUAGGUUACUCAAAAUAAAUAGUUUAAUUCCAUUAAACCAUAGGAACAAUCCAGAUUUAAGAUAUUUUUGGUAUAUAACAGCAGCAACUACAUUGAGUGUUUGCAAUCAACCCAAAGAUGUGGCCACAUUAUACAAAUAUGCAAUAAUUACAGCAUCCAUUAAUAAUAAUAAUAAUAAUAAUAAUAAUAAUGCUACCGAUGUUCAUCAUAUUAAGUUAGGUUUAGAUAACAGCUGCAAUGAUCAAGAUUUACUAAUAUCUACAAUAUUGGGAGAUAACCAUGAACUUUCACUAAGAGAAGCCAAUUUCACGUUGUUGCAAAAAAAUAUAUCUUCUAAAUUUAAAGAGGCCAUUUUGAAAAGUAGCUGUAUAGCAGGAAUCCCUAAGGCAAUUAACAGUCUACAUGAGAUUGCACAGAGUGUUGAAAAAGAAAAUUUACAUGAAACAACAACUAAUAAUAUUGAAGACAAAUUCAGAAUUAAAAUCCAUGCCCCAGACUUCAACAGGAUAUCCGACUAUAACCAAUAUGUUACUGAGAAUAAUCAUAAUAAGAGAGAAAAUAUAUUAGCCAGAGGAUUUGAUCAUUGGAACCUUAUCUACAAUAAAGUUAGUGAUAAAAUAAUUAAUAAUUUAAAUGCAUCUGAUCCAGAUUUGUGGUACAUUAUUUUAAGCACUUGUUAUGCUCCAAUUUUGAGUAAUGAUUCCGUGCUAAAUGCUAAAGAGACUAGUUUAAUUGUUAUAAGCGCAUUAGUGCCCCAAGACGUCAAUCCUCAAUUGUACGGUCAUUUGAAAGGUGCUUUAAAUGUGGGAUGUACUAAAGAGGAGGUUCAAUCAGUGGAAGAUUUGAGUAUUUUGAUUUCCGAAUGGUGCGGUAUCACAUGGAAAAGAAAAUGCAUAAAACUAUAA